AUGGUGAGGGUUCUUGUUUGCAAGAAUCGGCUACUUCUUCCAGUCCCCGAGCUCAUAGGGCUAGGCAGGAGCCAUCCUCUGCUCUCUUCUUGUUUUCGGCUUCCGCAAUGGCAGUGGGGAAGGCCCUACUCCUCGAGGAUAAGUAUGAGCCUGAGGGCCGGGAUCGUCGGGCUACCAAAUGUUGGAAAAUCGACCCUCUUCAACGCCGUCGUCAGUUCUCUUUCUUCUCUCUCUCGCUCACUUCGAACCUCUUGCUUAUCAGCCGUUCUGGAUUCACCAAAAUGAAUCUCUUUGACAGGGAGAAAUUCCUUCCUCAAAUGUGAAUUAUUAUUUGAAGGAAAAAUAUUGGUGAACCGCCACUGUCCCCCUCAAGAACAUAAUUUAUAUCCUGUUUUUGUCUCAGUGGUAUCUGGGCUAUGCUAAUUAUCAGUAUUUGUCGCAAAAUUAUUGUAAUCCCAUCGAAAGCCUGGGUCUUCCGCCCAUUUUAUCGUCGUUGACGUCUUGUACUUGUUGUUUUAAAUUUGAAUUUUCUCGUAUAUUUUUUCCAUAUUUUUCUUCCUUACCAGUGCGUUGGGCUGCCCUGUGCAGUUAUCGUUCUCAUUUUAUAACCCUUUUUCCCGUCAUGAUUUUGAAUUAUUCUCUUUCAUUUAUACUAGCGAGAUUGUUCAAUUGGACGUACAAAUCAUUUUUUCCAGGUUGAGAAUGGAAAAGCUCAGGCUGCCAAUUUUCCUUUCUGCACAAUAGAACCAAAUGUUGGAAUUGUGGCAGUGCCGGACCCACGAUUGAAUGUGCUUUCCAAUCUAAGCAAGUCCCGACGAGCAGUGCCAGCAUCUAUUGAGUUCGUCGAUAUUGCUGGGCUUGUAAAGGGAGCGAGUCAAGGGGAGGUAUCUUAUGCCAUUAUUCAUGGUGUUUAUAUAUUUUAGAUAUUUCUUCAUUCGUUGUCUUCUUAUUCCCCUGGGGAACCUCCUUUAAAUUGGGCUUCUUGUUCACCAUGAAUAAUAUCAGGAUUUUUUCACAGUUUUUUUCUCAUUCUAGUUGCAAUGAGUGGAGGCUUAUCAUGCUUCACUACAUUUUUAUCAGUACUAUCCUAUCAAGAAAAUUAAAUUUAAAAUAAGAAUCUGCAAGGAAAGCGAGCUGUGCAAGGCUUUAAUGAGAACACACACCAUGUGCUUCCACUUAUAUGAUAUUUCUGUUUUUGAGGAACAGUGAACCAUCAUUGAUGCAAAUUGUCGAAGAAAACUGGGCUAUUCUUUCCAUUAUCUAUUAUUCUUGAGCAUGUUAAAUGAUUAAAAGCUCUAGAUAAAGCUGGUGUCUGUUUGAUAAUAUCACGGAACUUGUGUUCUUGACAUUCUAGUCCCUCAAAAUCAUUCUUUCUUUGGAAUUUUCAGGGAUUGGGAAAUAAAUUUCUUUCACACAUUCGCGAAGUUGAUUCUAUACUCCAGGUUCGGAUAUAGAAGUUGGAACAUUUUUGCCGCCUCUUAUUUCUUAGUCAUCAAAAUGUGAAUAAUCUCCUAUAUUUCAUAUAUGUUUCUUUCAAACACUUUUUCUUAAAGUUUCAAUUUUUAAAUAUUUUUAUUAUGCACAUAUCAUUCAACUUUUGAUAAUUUUCAUGUUAAGAUUCUCGAUUAAUUGCUGGGUUGUAAAGCAAAUAACUGCUCUCCCAUGCCACCGUAAUAGGUUUUUAGUUUGAAAAAAUGUAUCUCGUGGUCUCAUGUUUGCCAUUUGGGAGGUGAAAAUACUGUAUAUUCGUUAUCUCACAUUGAAGUUGGUGUUAUUCUUCAUGAAAUCUGUUAUGUCACAAGAAUUCCUACUUUAAAAAGGUUUUUUUCUUGAAUCUAUAUUUCAAAGAGAGCAAGGUUCAAUAAGUUCAAUUUGUUUCAUGUGUUUGCAUAUCGAAGCAAUCGAGGUUCACUUAAUUUAGUGACCUGAACAUUUUAUUUCCCAAUUGAACCGGGACCCAAUCAACAUAAUGCAUGGAUAAUCUAAUCUGUGUGUAAAAAACUUUCUCUUGAUAAAGAAUAAAAAAACAGGCAAGAUGCUUUGUAAUGAAUGAGGAGAUGACUCGAUUCAAGUGCAUAGGAACAAGAUUUGGGUUGGAGUUCCUAUUUGAUUGUAUAUAGGGCUGAGGUUCUGGCUUUUCGUGAGAGCUGUCUGCACAUGUAUAUCCUUGUAUGUUCUUUCCAUACUGAAUUUGUUGCAAUCGCCUUGAAAAGAAAGGGUCCAAUGCCUGAAAUGUUUGUUAUGGAUGAUUUGAGUUCUAAAACGUGUGAAGUAGUAGUGGGUGACUGGUUUCCCAGGGAUACAAGCAGUUUGCAGCAAAUGUCUCAUGUCUGGAAUCCAUUUGAAUGAGUGUUUCGUUUCUUUUUCAAUAGAGAGAAACGAUGAAGAUAAAUAUCUCCAAAACCUUGGUAUGACAAUGCCUGCAACUUCGGACAGUGUAGUACAUGCAGUUGAAGUUAUCAUCAACAUUUGAAGUUGGACAUCCCAAAUGGUUCCGUUGGUGUAGUCAAUAACAGUGGCAUUUUGGUGCAAACGCAAAUGCUAGCACCAGAGGUACACAGACAAUGGUAUUGCGGAUGGAGUCAUAGCAUGUCUCUGUUGGUGGUCACAAGUGAUGUUCGAGCAGUGGACAAUCCAUAGGUGAGUAACUCUGAAUGGUACACAACAGAUAAUUGAAGUGGUAUCCAUUGACUUUUUCUCAAUGAAUAUUCUCACCUUGAAAAUUGACGAAAGUUUCAUUUUAUUGCGAGUGUGUUCCAGAUGGUGCAUUAAGCUUCUCAUGGACUAAUUUGAGUUACGUGUCUGUUUUUAUAUGACUGGCUAUCACGGUAGGAGACUCUUUCGGGAGCCUGGUUCAGGUUGGAUGGAUCAGCCAGAAGCCAAACCAUAUUGGGCUUGUCUGACUCUACUCUCUUAUGUAACUUGUAUGAUACCAUACAAAAGAAGUAUGGCUUGUGCAAGACUUUACAUGUGUAUUGCCUCUAUAAAAUUUGGAUAAAGUUGAAAUCUUGUUGCUGGGGAUUUCCCUAGUUGGAACCUUGUGUGCCUCAUUCAUAUCAUAGGAUACUUGUGAGUUGAAUGAAGAUUGGAACCUGUAGAACAAUGCUUUUUGACAUGAUUGGCCCCUGGGAUUCAAAAUUACUGGAUCAGUAGGAGAGGAGUCUGAACAGAGGAAGCUAUGCCAACAUGAAUUACGGAAGGAGGGGGAGGGGGAGGAGAGAGAGAGAGAUUUAGUGACUGUAAAAAAUUCAGAGUGGUUUCCAGCAUACCUGGUGGGCAGAGAGAAGAGAGCACACAAUCUGUGGGUCAAGGAUGAGAAUAGGAAAUAUAUAAUUUCAGUUUUUCUGGCAGAGUAGUUCCCAAAGAGGUUUAUUUUUAAUGCAGGCUACUAAAUGACUAAAAUUCGAACGCAACCAAGCUUCUACACUGGAGCUUGUUUUCUGAUAAAUGUCUACAUGAAAAACAUUAACCGAUUUAGCCCAAGUCCCUUGUGCAAUUUUGAGCCAAUCCAGGAUUAUUCCUGUAGAUUUUUAAUAGCUUUGCAUGGAUCUACUACCUGCAAAAAUUUUUUUUUGCUAAUUUUUCUGCCCUUCCCAUAUUAGUGUUUUCUGUCCUACAAAAAGCUGAACGAUAAUGGGUUUUAUAUAUUUGUGAAAUUCAGAAAGUUAUGUAAUAGAAAUUUAAUAGAUUUUUGCAGAUCAAUUUCUGGAGGUUAAUAAUAGCAUUGAUCGUUUUAAUUAUUUGUAUAACUGCUGGAGAUCCAAGGUUCGUUGUUAAUUGUUUUAGUUUCUCAGGUGGUUCGUUGUUUCGAAGAUAAUGACAUAGUUCAUGUUAAUGGCAGAGUUGAUCCCAAGUCCGACAUUGAUGUCAUUAACUUAGAACUGAUAUUUGCAGAUCUCGAUCAGGUAUAGUCAGUCUUUUUAUGCAUCAUUGAUUCCGUCAUAUUGCCUCAUUUUUGUCCACAGACAAUAAUACGCUAUGGUCAGUAUGUUACAUGUGCUGACAAUAGUCCUAUAUUGGUAACUGUAUAAAUAAAUCUAUGGUUAUAAAUAAAAAAUGGUUAUGAGUUGAACAUUCCAGUCAAUCUAACCAUGUGCAUUGAUUAUUCAGACUGAAAAAAGACUAGAAAGGCUCAAGAAAGGGAAAGCAAAGGAUUCACAAUCCAAGCUGAAGGUAAAAUAAUAGAUAGAACGCAUCUCAUGCUUCAAGCUGGAACUGUAACCAAUGGUUCAAAGUUAAACGAUCUGCUGAUGAUUGUUUUUUUUCUUAUAUUCCACGUAGGAGGAAGCAGAAAGAUCUUCAUUGGAAAGAAUUCAGAAGUCUCUUAUGGACGGAAAACCUGCAAGAUCUGUCCCUCUAACAGAUGCUGAGAAGGAAUCUGUGCGGCAGCUCUGUUUACUCACCAUGAAACCUAUCAUAUAUGUAGCUAAUGUUGCUGAAUCAGAUCUGGCGGUUCCUGAGAGUAAUCCUCAUGUCAGAGAAGUGAUGGAUCUUGCAUUGGAGUUGCAAUCUGGUAUGGUGACAGUCUCAGCACAGGUAGGCUGUUUUAGAAUUAAGAUGGUGCUAUAAUUCCAAAGUUCUAUUACGCAAUACUUGGUAUAGAUAUCUGCUAAUGCCAUUAACAAAAAGUUACUCUAUUGCUUUCUCUCCUUCCAACCUUUUAGUAAACUGCCUAAGGAUGCAAUCUCAAUCCUUGAAUCAGUCUUCCCAUCCAAAAAUGGAAGAGCCCAUAUCCUCAGAGGAAAAUUUGCAGUUUUUCAGUCCUGUAACAAUCUCUAACAUCAUGAGAAGCCACUGCCUAUCAAGAACUUUAUGUGCAUACAUUCAUAUAAAAUAAUUUCAUCAACAUAUUAAAGGCCAGUGCGUUUUCUGUUACUAUAAAUGUUAGUGCCUUAAAUUAAAUGUACUUGCUGUAGCGAUUUCCAUCAUCAAAAAAAAAGUGUGCCAAAAAAGUCAGAGAUAAAUGGUAAUAGAUUGCUAGAGAUCGAUUUUAUCUCAGCCCCCUUGAUCUGAUAAAUGGCAUGACAGAUGUUUACAAUGAUAGAAAACCUGGAUGCAAAUAUGUAGUUUGUUACCCCGCCAGUUAUUAUGGUUAUGAUCAUCUCAAGUCAUAUUAGUUCGUUAAAGACUAGUUUAAAAGCUACUAACUUUUCUGUUUGGAGUGAAUGUCUCAUAUGUUGUCAUAACUCUCUUUAAGAUGAAUGUCCUCCAAAAGGUGAUGAUUACUUUUUAUCGAAAUUGUUAUCCGUGUUUUAACACUUGACAUCAUUUUAGUGUUAAACACGUGAAGGGAAUUAAUGAUUGAUAACUUGGAGUCCUUCAAAUUCUUUGAUCUCAUUCAGUGAUUCCUCUUAAUGUUUUCACAAUAUUUUACAGUAAAUCUAUUGAAAAGCUAUGUAUUGUUCUCCCAUGAGAAAUACAGCGUCCUUAAGUUUAUUUGCAAAUGGUAGUGUUACCAUGCCGAACUCUUCCAUAUUAAUCUAGGGUAAUAUUCCUUCCAUUUGCAGCUUAUAAACUUCAACUUGUUUGAAAAAAUCCGUUGAGAAGCAGAAAUAUUGUUUUAAGAAAGGUUGAGAAAGGAACAUGACGCUAAUAGUUUCAUACUAAUUUGAUAGGGAAGAAAAGCGCUUAUAUUCCAUUUAAGCAUUCGGUAAUGUAUGUCUCUAUUGCUGUUGACAAUCUGACCUUGAUGAUUAAUGAUUAGUAGGAUAUCUUGUAACAGAAUUAUGCAUUAUAGCUUAGCAGUUUUGUAGUUUAUUUAAUAAUCAGUGAUAAACAUGGUUUUCCAGCUCCUUCCAUCUCAGUUUGUCUCGUAAGAUCCGACUCACUUCAUGGACUCAGUGAGCUGUGAUACGCUUGACGAUCAGCUGGGUCAGUCAGCUAGGUCUUUAGCGGGGGGGAGACUCUGCAGGAUGCAUUGGAUCCUGAGUCUGAUUCAAUAAAUCCUGGUGAAAAAUUGAGAUUAUUUUGUUCAAGGAUGAUGCAGGAAAUGCUCCUGAUCAAAAAGUUUGUGCAUGACAUGGAAUGAGCUGCGUAGUUGAGACGGAAAUGCUUGUUGAUUGGGUUCCUUUGCACGAAAUAUGUGCGUCCUAAACCCAUCAUAUAUUGGAUGUCGUAUGAUGUGAUGCUUAAAGUACAAGUCUUCUGGAAAGUUCAAUCACCGCACAAUCCUAUAGUGGAUAUGGUUCUGUAUGUGUAUCUAUGCAACUUGUGUGAUUAUUAAAACAAAUUAUUCAGCAUUACCCUUGUGUAACUUAUCCAUUUUGACAUCUUCUAAACACUCUGAUCAGCUGAACAUUAUAACUGUCAGGUUGAAGCUGAGCUCACUGAGCUUCCAUCUGAAGAGAGAGAGGAGUACCUUACUUCUCUUGGUGUCAAUGAGAGUGGACUGGGAAAUCUUAUAAGAACAACUUACAGCCUUUUGGGUUUGCGUACAUACUUCACAUCUGGAGAGAAGGUGGUUUUGUGUUUUGUCAGCUUCAAGAUUGAAUUUGGAAUACUUUCCAUUUUUCUUUCACAGUUGCAGAUUUUCAUUUUGUGUUUCUUUACGUACAGGAAUCAAAAGCAUGGACGAUACUUGCAGGUUUAUUUGCUUGUUAUUUUUUUGCAUUAAUUUCAUCAUCUUCUUCUGUGUUCCUGUUCUCUCUUUUUUGGCUUUAUUUUUUCCACUCUGCUGAAAACCAUAUCUGAUUAUUUACUUUUCGACGUACAGGCAUGACAGCACCACAAGCUGCUGGAGUUAUUCACUCAGACUUUGAAAAAGGCUUCAUUAGAGCAGAGACUGUAAGAGCCUUUAUCUAACUGAUAUAUUACCGUUGCUUUUCUUUGACUUGAUAGUCUAUGUUUUUGGUUGGGGUCAAAUGCCCCUUUUUUCCCUUUCUGCAAAGUAAACCACCCUUUAUUUUUCUUGGAGGUAGAUAAUAAUUUAGUGCAGCGUAUUAAAAUAAUACAACCUUGGAUUAUAAAAACAUCUCCUCUAAGGUGAAGAGAUCCCGAUGAUAGCGAGAACCCCUCACCAUUUGAAGCAAUUUAUUUCCAUAAAGAUUAUGGUGGAGCGCAUGUAAUUUUGUUUAGCCAUUAGGAAAUUAUUGGUCAUCUGGUGGAUUAUAUCUUUCGUAAAUGUCAAAAAAGUAUUGAGCUUACAUCUUUGACUGUUACUUUCAGUUUUUUUCUUUUUCAUUCACAAACUAAAAGACCAAUUCAAAUUUUGCGAAAACAAUGUUUCCAGAACUACUCCUGUCGUACUUGUAUAAUUUUACAUAAAUAUCUUUACUAUUUGUAUGCGCUUGGCUCUACAGAGAAUGUGGCAAAGGCCGGAAAACUAUUAUAUGGUUGACAGAGUUGUAGAUAUUCCUUGGAUUAAUGGAAUGAAUAUGAAUUUUAUUACAACUCAGAAUAACAUUAAAAUUAUAUGCUGUUUAAGCCAAUCUAUGGCAACCUGUUGAUCUUCUUAACAAUCAAUUGCCGGAUGCAGCUUUAUGAGUCUGCAAUUGCCUGUGAAAGAUGUUGAAUCCUCCACUUUAAAGAUGUUCAUAGCUGUUAUUCUGGUUUUUCGCUGGCCAUGAAAUCUUUCUUUACAGAUCGUUAACAAUGUUGUUCCCCGCCAUUGCAUUGGUUUCAUUGGGAGAUUCCCGCCUCCCGCUUCAGACAAUCAUGUUUAAAACAUACCGUUCUGUGCUUUCUCUGUCUCACUGUGAUGUUUGUCAUUGGCCACCUUGAUUAGUUUGUUGAUAUUUAGCGAUCAAUCAUGACAUUGCUCCUUCAUACCUUGAUGAUUUAAACAUCUGCCUCCAACAUUCGCACUACAGGCUGUUCUUUUCUCCCACUUAACCCACAAAAAUGCUUCAUCGCGCCAGAGUUUUUGUAAAAUAGUUAUGUUGUAGAUGGUACUUGUACAGUCACGUUCGUGACCUUUUGAUGCAUCAUAAUCAGGUGUCUUAUGACGAUUUUGUUAAAGCUGGCUCGUUGGCUACUGCAAGGGAAAAGGGACUUGUAAGUUUGACAAAUUCCAACUCAAAUUACUGCUUUUAUUCGUGUCCAGAUCUGUGACAAAGUUGAUCUCAUACGGGUUUUCUCAGUUUCCACAUUCUGUGAUGAAGAUCAUAAGAAGAUUGGACUAUUUUUUGGGUUUAAAUUCUGUAUUCCUCCACGAAUUUUCAGCUGAGAUCUGAAGGGAAAGAUUACAUCGUCCAAGAAGGGGAUGUCAUGCUUUUUAGAUUCAACGUCUAG